GCUCUGAGGUACCUCGGGAAUAAAGUGCGGAGACAGCGCAUGUGGGGAGGCCCUAAGAAGACCAAGAUGGAGGAGGCCAGAGAGCUUUUGGCGUCUCUUAUCCUCACACAUGUGCCGGUCAAAGAGUUUAACUUUCGGGCUAAGUGUAUUUACCUGGCUGUGAUGGUGCGGAGGGUGAUCCUGGCUCAGGGGGACAACAAGGUGGACGACAGAGAUUACUAUGGCAACAAACGUCUUGAGCUGGCUGGACAGCUUCUGUCUCUGCUGUUUGAAGAUCUGUUUAAGAAGUUCAAUUCUGAAUUGAAGAAAAUCGCUGACCAGAUCAUCCCCAAGCAGAGAGCUGCUCAGUUUGAUGUGGUGAAGCACAUGCGGCAAGAUCAGAUCACCAACGGCAUGGUCAAUGCCAUAUCAACGGGUAACUGGUCUCUGAAGAGAUUCAAGAUGGACCGCCAGGGUGUCACCCAGGUCCUGUCUCGUCUCUCCUACAUUUCGGCUCUCGGCAUGAUGACCAGGAUCUCCUCCCAGUUUGAGAAGACCAGGAAAGUCAGUGGGCCGCGCUCCCUGCAGCCAUCACAGUGGGGCAUGCUGUGUCCGUCUGACACUCCUGAGGGAGAGGCCUGCGGUCUGGUGAAGAACUUGGCUCUGAUGACCCACAUCACCACCGACAUGGAGGACGGUCCGAUCAUCAAGCUGGCCUUCAACCUGGGAGUAGAAGACGUCAACCUGCUCUGUGGAGAGGAGCUCUCCUACCCGAGCGUCUUCCUCGUCUUCCUCAAUGGUAACAUUCUCGGUGUGAUUCGAGAUCAUCCUAAGCUGGUCAGCACCUUCAGACUGAUGCGCAGGGCAGGAUUUAUCAACGAGUUUGUGUCCAUCUCCACCAAUUUGACUGAUCGGUGCGUUUACAUCUCUUCUGAUGGAGGACGACUCUGCAGGCCGUACAUCAUCGUGAAGAGGGGACAGCCGAUGGUGAAAAACAAACACAUAGAAGAUCUGUCACAGGGCUACAGAACCUUUGAAGACUUUCUGCACGAAGGCCUGGUGGAGUACCUGGAUGUCAAUGAGGAGAAUGACUGUCAGAUCGCCCUUUAUGAACACAUGAUUAAUAAAGACACAACACACUUGGAGAUCGAGCCCUUCACGCUGCUUGGGGUGUGUGCUGGCCUCAUUCCCUACCCCCACCACAACCAGUCGCCCAGGAACACAUACCAGUGUGCUAUGGGCAAGCAGGCCAUGGGUACGAUUGGCUACAACCAGAGGAAUCGUAUUGACACUCUGAUGUACCUGCUGACGUACCCUCAGAGGCCCAUGGUCAAAACAAAAACCAUCGAGAUGAUUGACUUUGAGAAGCUGCCUGCUGGACAGAACGCCACUGUGGCCGUGAUGAGCUACAGCGGCUAUGACAUUGAGGACGCCCUAGUCCUCAACAAGGCCUCACUUGACCGAGGAUUUGGCCGCUGCCUCGUCUAUAAAAACGCCAAGUGCACACUGCGGCGUUACACCAACCAGACCUUUGACAAAGUGAUGGGGCCCAUGCUGGAUGCUGCCACACGAAAGCCCAUCUGGAGGCACAGCAUCCUGGAUGCUGAUGGCAUAUGCUGCCCUGGUGAGAGAGUGGAGAAUAAGCAGGUGUUGGUGAACAAGUCCAUGCCAACUGUUACCCAAACACCACUGGAGGGCAGUACCCAGCCAGGCCAGCCCCAGUACAGAGACGUGCCCAUCAGCUACAAGGGCUCAACUGACUCGUACAUCGAGAAGGUCAUGAUCUCAUCCAACGCUGAAGAUGCUUUCCUCAUCAAGAUCCUCCUGAGGCAGACCAGGAGACCAGAGAUAGGAGAUAAAUUCAGCAGUCGGCACGGACAGAAAGGUGUUUGUGGCCUUAUCGUUCCACAGGAGGACAUGCCGUUUUGUGACACAGGCAUCUGUCCAGAUAUUAUCAUGAACCCUCACGGAUAUCCCUCCAGAAUGACGGUGGGAAAGUUGAUUGAACUGCUGGCUGGGAAGGCAGGGGUCCUGGACGGACGGUUUCACUACGGUACGGCUUUCGGAGGUAGCAAAGUGAAGGAUGUGUGUGAGGAUCUUAUCCGUUACGGAUACAACUACCAGGGCAAAGACUACGUCACCUCAGGAAUCACUGGGGAACCUCUUGAGGCUUAUAUCUACUUUGGACCGGUAUAUUAUCAGAAACUAAAGCACAUGGUCCUCGACAAAAUGCACGCCAGAGCCCGAGGCCCCAGAGCUGUUCUCACCAGGCAGCCUACAGAGGGCCGCUCCAGAGAUGGAGGUCUACGUCUGGGCGAGAUGGAGCGCGACUGUCUGAUCGGCUACGGAGCGAGCAUGUUACUGCUAGAGCGCCUCAUGAUCUCCAGUGACGCCUUUGAGGUGGACGUGUGCGGACAGUGCGGCCUGUUGGGAUACUCUGGGUGGUGUCACUACUGUAAGUCUUCCUGCCACGUUUCCUCCCUGCGUAUCCCGUACGCCUGCAAGCUGCUGUUCCAAGAACUGCAGUCCAUGAACAUCAUCCCCCGACUCAAACUGUCACGCUACAACGAGUGACCAAGACAGAGACAGAAACACAGUCUGUGUGAGUGAAAGGUUUAGGGUUAGAGAUAUAAUUUACAAAGUAUGAAGUGUUCAUUUAUAAAAUAUACAGCAGAGAGAAAUGAGAGGAAAAACAAGUGUUUUGACAUUUUUGUUGACGUUAACAAACCAAAACAAUGUGAAGUUUCUCAUUUAUGUUGAUACUUUCUCACCGUUUUGCCCUUUUGUAUGUGUACAUAAUAAACACAAAAUGAUUAUUUCAGUCA